UCGUAUACGAAAGCUGACGGAUAGCGAUAUUGUGUGUCUAUCUAACCUUAAGGAGACUGACUAUACUGUUCCCCAGGGGAUGACCAGGAACGACAACAUGGUGAGCUCGGGAAACUUCGCCAAACUUGACAAGACAACACUACAAGUCCUUGGCUGGUCUUCUGGGGCGCUUGACGCCAAUGCGAAUGAAGAUAUGACUGGCGAAGAGGAAAAUGAGAAAAACAAUAAAGAAAAGGAGAACCUGUGUACACUGACUAAGUUGGAGUUUCGGAGGCUGAGUGACCAGGUCCGAGACGUCAACAUGAACCUUAAGAACAAGUUCCGAACAUCCGCUUAUCAGAAGUUGUACCACCAGCAACAGCAGAUUCAGAGUAUUCAGAACCAGUUAGCCCAACAGCAGCAGCAACAACAACAGUACGCCGACACAAACACCAAUAUCUACCGCAGCCAGCUGGCCGCCAGCCUAAGAGCGUUCAAGCCCAAAGACUGGACCCCUCUCAAAUCCUCUGAUACCGACCCUUCUUUCUUCAGAUGUAAACCGGUUACCUGCCAAGCACCUGAAAGGCCUAUAGUGUCGAGAGGCCCGUCUCCUUCACGGCUAUGCCGCCCAAGAUCCGUCCCCAACGGUUCCAGCCGGCCUCCGAGUGGGUUCCGACGCUCAGACACGCCAACUGAUGUUCGUCCUGGGAACUUCGACACCCUCACUCCGAACGUGUUGGCUAACCUCAUCAGUGGUAAUUCUUACAAAACUGCCCCUAGAUACGGGGACCGUGGUCACUUCGGAGAGGAAUCAGUGGAAGAUAAAAACAAGAAAUCAACAACGCCUCCAAAGGACGAUGACGUCAGCACAAGUGGGAUAGAUAGUACGCACUCAGCCGAGGAGGAUAUCAGUAGUAGUAGUAGUAGUUCUGAUGAAGACAGUGAUUACGAACCCAGUGUGGACAGAAAUAGAGACGUCCCUGAUCUUAAUCUCAGACCAGAAAAACUGGAUUCCUUCGUGAUACCAGACUCCGCGAAAGGAUGGCGAAAAUUUGACUUUGAUGUUGAUGAAACAGAUAUUCCGCCAUACGAAUUUGAGGAGGUGUUACCAGAAUCGUUCAGAGAACUUGAUUUUAGACAGAUUGCUAGACUGAAAUGGAGCUGGCGUGAUCAAACCAAAGACCGACCAAAUGAUGGCAUUACAGAAGACAUCAUGGAUCGAAUGGUGGAACUGGAGAGGCUCCAAAUGGAAACAGAGGACUGGGAGCAAAAACGCUCUGUACAACUACUCAAAAAGCGACAACGCGUCAUAAGUGCAAAGGGGGGACAUAAGGACAAGCGUUGUUGCAAUAGGUGCUUACAGCCAGCGUGUUCUGGUGACUGUCCUGAGAAAUUUGUGCAAUCGGAAAUAUGUGAUUUAUGUAGACAACCGUUUUGUAUAGGAAAUUGUAAAGAUAAUAAAUACGAACAACGCAUGCGUCAAACUCGCAAUGUUGACGAUGAAAAACCCCCAACAGGUCCAAAACCAUUGGCGUCGAGGUGCAAGUCGUGUCAGAGCAGGCACAAUGGAAAAUUAAUUAACGCUAACAACUUAGUGUUAGGUCGGCCAAAAUCGGGAAACGUUACCUACUCACGCGGGGUGGCCAGCGUCAAACCCAAGGACAUCAGACAUAUAGGACCGGAUAUGGCUAUCAAUGCCGAGGUCAUCAGGGAUUUCGAAAAAUUAGGGAUGGACCCUUACCAGUCUUCUCGUCCCAGCACGGCUCGUGUACAAAGACCGCGCAGUAGAAAUGCUGCACAUCCGGGCAAAAGUUUCUAUUCACAGAGACGUGACUCAUUAACGGACACGGAGAAGAAUAUAGCAAAAUUAAACCGAAAGAAAGCCAAGUCGAUAAGACUGCGCAGACCAAAAACAGCGGCAUAAUUAUCUUAUAAACAGUGCUACUCUUCGACUUUAGACUUUAACUUGGAAUAGAUUCAGUAUUCACUCCAAAUCAUUCAGUGAUAUUCUUUUAUUUCAACACCAAACUUCUUCGCGCUUUAUGUUUAUACGAAAUUUGCAUAUAGAAAAGGGGGGCGGGAUGGAUUAAAAUGUCAAUUCAGCAAAAUAACUUUUUACGUAAUAAUAAACUUAACCAUGAAAUCCA